CAGUUAUUCAUUUUCUAUGCUUGGGUAACCCCUGCCUCAAGUGCCUAGAAACCAGGGUAUACUUUUUAUCCCACGCAACUAAAGACAUAAAUAAAUUCAAUGCAAUUAGCCAUAACAAACCACGAGUUGUCUAUUUUGUCACAAAGAAAAGUUUAUUUGAGACGCAGCACAAUUUCAUUGAUCAUCGUACAGGUACACGCAGUAUCUUGGAGACAGAAAUUUCAACCUAGUUGUAAAUUCAUAUCUUUUAGUCGCAUACUAUUAUUUCUAGUAAUCGCUAGAUUAUUAUCUAGCCGUUCCUAUCAAGCAAAAGGAGAGACAUCAAACGCCGUCAAGAGUCGCUGUAUGAAACGUAAUUGUCAGGAGUACGCAAUGGGACGAGGGGAACAUUCACGCUGCCGUGCUCAUGCGGACGAGAGAAACGAAGCUCAUCGGCAAAAGCUUAAAAAGCUUCAAGCAGCAGGCCUAUGUUAUGACUGUGAGGGUCGAGCAAUGGAUGGAGAUAUAAGAUGUAAAAGGCAUUGUAUCCUAAAGAAAAUGCAAUCAACCGCGCGUAGCAAGACUUUUUAUUAUAAGCAGAAAGCCAUGGGGAAGUGUGUCUCGUGUCAGAGCCAAGCGAAAGAAGGGUUCAUAUACUGCGAAAGGCAUUACAUUGCUAAGCAAGUAUGGAACCGGAAAAAAGCUCAAGAGAAAGCCAAAUUAAAGCAGCAAUUGACUGGAGAGGAAUUACCAUCAGAAGGUGAAGAGUCCAAGGUCGAAAAAUCGGAGGUGGAAGAACACUCCAUAUCUGGUCAGCCAUCAAAAUUGCCUACGCCAGAGAUUGGUUACGAAGAGGCAGAAGCAGCGAAAUUACUUUUGUACUUUCAUAAAAAUCUGACUACCUACCUAGGCAGGUAGUUUAUAAGUCCCUGUAAGAGGAGGUAGUCGUCUUUAAAAUUAUAAUAUCAAGAGGUCGAUAUCUCUUCAACUGGUUACCUAGG